GAAAUGAGAGAGCUGGUGCUGUUGCUGCUGCUGCUGCUGCUGCAUAAAAUGGAUCUGACUCUGCAUGUUGAGAUGCUGUUGCUGCGCCGGCUGUUGCUGUUGCUGUUGCUGUUGCUGAAAGGCGCUGGAAGCGGACGCUGGCCUGGGGAUUUGUUGUUGCUGCAGAGGAUGGAUAGAUCCGUACGACUGAGAUACCAGCCCCUGGUUGAGUACAGAGUGGCCAGACCUACUGCUCGGCAACGGUGAGUAUUCAUUGACCACCCAGGGGUUUCCAGCCUUGUCACGGGAAGCAAUUGACCGUUGCUGUUGUUGCUGCUGUUGCUGUUGAAGCUGCUGCUGAAGUUGAAGCUGAGUCUGGAGUUGUUGCUGUUCCUGCAAAUGCAUUUGGAAUGAGC